AUGCACUCAGCAGCAGACCCUGAGAAGGGCCGCGAAACUGAACACAGUUCAGAUAACGAUAGCCAGAUUUACCGCGCCGAAUCGUACUCAUCCUAUAGUACUUCCUCUAGCGAUGACGCCUCUGACUCCUAUGGCGAUGCCGAACGCAUAUCGCGAACGCAAACCGCCCAGACUCAGCCAGGUUGCGGGCUAGAACGCCACCCUACAGCGUUGAGUCGGAUUGCAACACAACGAAGUCAGCACACUGCAACUGUUGGCGCACUCAGGACACGCCCGUCGAGAAAGCCCUUGCCCGAAUUUGGAGCAGGCAAGCCAUACCCACCCCCACUGCCAGAGAAGGAGGAGUAUGUGGUGGAAUUCGUUGGCCCCGAUGACCCCCUACACCCACAGAAUUGGUCGUUCAAGAGGAAGAUCCUGGUUUCGGCGCUUCUCGCCUUUACAACCUUCAACUCCACAUUCACUAGCAGUAUCUUCUCGGCCGCAAAUUCGGUAGUUUCCUCAACGUUCAAUGUAUCGACAGAAGUUGGCACCCUUGGAAUGUCGCUCUACGUACUCGGGUUCGCGUUCGGACCUACACUAUUCUCACCACUGUCGGAACUCCUCGGCCGGCGGUUACCUAUACUAAUCGGUGUUUUUGGAUUCACAGUUUUCCAGUUCGCAGUUGCCACGGCCGAGAAUCUGCAGACUGUCAUAAUCUGUCGUUUCUUUGGAGGUUUCUUCGGAGCAUGCCCCUUGGCUGUUGUUGCUGCUGUCUUCUCAGACAUUUAUGAUAACCGCCAUCGCGGCCUUGCCAUCACGAUAUUCACCAUGAUGGUCUUUACCGGCCCCUUGUUUGCGCCUUUUAUUGGAGGUUUUAUUGUGGAGAGCUAUCUUGGCUGGCGUUGGACAGCGUAUCUCCCAGGUAUCAUGGGUGCAGCUGCUUUCAUGCUUGAUCUGCUCUUCGUUGAAGAGACUUACCCUCCGGUUGUCCUGGUCAAAAAGGCGGAAGAACUCCGUCGGAGAACCAAGAAUUGGGGCAUCCAUGCAAAGCAAGAAGAGGUUGAGAUCGAUCUGCGUGAGCUGAUUACCAAGAAUUUCAGCCGGCCAGUGCGGAUUCUAUUCAGCGAACCGGUACUGCUGCUGCUGAGCAUUUACAUGGCUUUCCUCUAUGGCCUCUUGUACCUGUUCAUGACAGCAUACCCCAUCGUUUUCCAGCAAAUUUACGGUUUCAACAAAGGUGUGGGUGGACUGCCUUAUUUUGGCCUCAUAAUUGGAGAAUUCUUUGGAGGACUCUUCAUCAUCGCCCUGCAACCUUGGUAUAUCAAGAAGCUCACUACAAACAACGACAUUCCCAUUCCUGAAUGGAGAUUACCGCCGGCUAUCAUCGGCGGCGCAGCAUUCGCAGGGGGCCUCUUUUGGUUUGGCUGGGGUGGCUAUCAAUCGAGCGUUCACUGGAUUGUCCCUACAAUAUCAGGCCUUCUCACCGGCUUUGGUCUGCUCUGCAUCUUCCUUCAGUGCCUCAACUAUAUCAUUGAUACCUACCUCGUUUUUGCUGCAUCCGCCCUAGCAGCGAACAGCAUUCUCCGGUCCCUCGCCGGCGCAGGCUUCCCACUCUUUGCUCCAUACAUGUUUAAAGCUUUAGGUGUCAACUGGACCGGAACCCUUCUGGGCUGCGUCGCCGUUGUCCUCAUGCCCAUCCCUCUGCUUUUUUACCUCUACGGCUCUAGAAUUCGACAGAAGAGCAAGUUUGCUGCUGAAUAUACUACCGUCGCCAAAGCCAACCAGGACGAAGAAUAA